GUGGAAAUCAUGUUUAAACUAAUACAGAUUGCAUCAUAUGUUGGAGUACUGGUUUGGUUUUGUGUUGUCAUCUGCCAUUUUAUAGCAAUAUAUAGAGCACUUUUCUAUUUGUAUUCAUGGAGAAAAAGGAAAGUUGAUACAAUUGAACACAGAGAAGAGAUUGGAAUAUCUGUUGUAAAGACAAUUGCUGGUAUAUCUCAGAAAGCUUUUGAAAAUUUGGAAUCACUUUUUACCCUAAAUUAUUCAAAGUUUGAACUACUGAUAUGCGUUCAUGACAAAGAAAAUAACAUAAUUCCUGGUAUUCAAAAACUCAUACAAAAAUAUCCAGAUGUGGAUGUUCGUGUGUUUCAAGGCGCAUGUGACAUUGGAAUCAACCCAAAAAUAAACAACAUUAUGCAAUGUUAUGAACAAAUUAAAUAUCAGUAUGUAUGGAUUUGUGACAGCAAUAUUUUGGUUCAAGCGUCAUUAUUAACUGAAUUGGCAUCACACAUCCAACUAAAUGUUGGAAUGAUUCAUCAGCUACCCUUCAAACAAACAAGUUCAACUAAUAACUUUGGGGAGUGUCUUGAUAAGGUCUAUUUUGGAACACAACAUGCACGAUGGUAUCUUUUCUUUGAUGCGCUUGGUUUAUGUUGCACCAAUGGCAUGUCAAGUAUUUUUGAUAAAAAAGCUCUUGAUGAAGUGGGUGGCUUAUCUGCAUUUUCAAAUUACAUUGCAGAGGAUCACUUCAUGGGAAAAUCAUUUUUUGAAAGAAAUUACAAAUUAGUCUUAAGCACUGAACCAGUUCUACAGAACCCAGAUGCAUGCACAGCUUCAAUAUUUGUAAAACGCAUGACCAGAUGGCAAAAAUUGCGACUAACAAUGCUACCUGUUGGUAUUCUGGAGCCAUUAAUAGAGUGUUUUCUUCUUGGUGUGGUUGCAUCUUUUUCUUCAUCCUUCUUAUUUGGUACUUCAAUAGUUGGAUUUUAUGUCAAACAUGUUUCCUGUUGGUUUUUAUCAGAUCAAAUAUUACUAUGGCUUGUGCAAGGGGAUUAUCAAGACCUCCCUCCACUCUGGUUGCGAACUGCUGCAUGGUUUUUUCGUGAACUUAUCACUUACUGGGUAUAUCUGCAAGCUCUUUGGGACAGAAAAAUACAUUGGAGAAUGGGGACAUUUGAUUUAAAAUUUGGUGGCCAUGCUAAUUUAAUACGUAAAACUGAUGUGAAACAUGCUUAGAAUAACUACCGUUUGUAUUUAUUUCAAUUUGGAAAAUAGUUAUUUUAUUUGGAGACAUCAAGACUGAAGAAAUCUUUACCACACAAACCAGUCUAUAUAAUGACCAAAAUCAACUCGUAAAGUCAGAUGCUAAUUUAAUACGUAAAACUGAUGUGAAACAUGCUUAGAAUAACUACCGUUUGUAUGUAGGUAGAUUUUUUUAUUUAUUUUAGUUAUUUCAAUUUGGAAAAUAGUUAUUUUAUUUGGAGACAUCAAGACUGAAGAAAUCUUUACCACACAAACCAGUCUAUAUAAUGACCAAAAUCAACUCGUAAAGUCAGAUUUUUGUUAAAAUUUUUAUAUUUGAUGUGUAGAUUUGUUAAAAAAACUCAUCAAUUGAAGAAAUAUCUUUAUUAUGCAAGGUAAAAAUUUUCACUGACUAAAUCAAACGUUAAGCUUUUGUUUUUCACUUGUUCUAAUAGUACCACAUAUAAAUUGGUUGGUGAGGGUAUUUUUAUUUUGUGAAUAGUGACGAUUUUAAUAAUUCCUAAAAAACCUAAAAAAUUCAAAUUAAGGAUUAUACUGUUCUUUUUUAUUAUUCACAUAAAAAAUGUAAAAUUGAUUUCUAUUGUUUAAAUAUAUUUAAUAAGAGUUUUUCCUAAAGUCCCUAAUCAUAUGAGCACCCUAGCCAUACAUUCAGACAUGGUAGUAAAAUUAGUUUUGUAUGUAAAGCAACUUGUUUGAUAAUAAUAGCACUGUUAAUUAAGCUAUUACUUUGCUGCACAUUGCAUUUUGAGGGUUUUUAUGUUUGUUAGGAGAAAAUUACAAACAGUCUGUAAGAAAUGGUAAAUUUUAGUUAAAAAGAGUGGAGUAUGUGUUG